CGGGUGGAAGUGUAGAAUCCGAGAGUGGAGAGAGAAGUUGAAGUCUUUUCUGCAUCUUCAUUUGCAUUUUUGGUGAUUUUCUGGGUCUAUUUUUACAAGACGAAUACACUAGUCCCGAUCGGGAAAUCCAGAUGAUCGUCGUUAUUUCAUUUCGUCUUCUUCCACCUCAAAACUUCAUCCACCGGCUUGUUUUCAUCUUUAGAUUUACUGUGUUUAUGCUGCUUCGUGUGCUUCUGGGAUCGGCUCUUUCCCUCGGCUGGCCCUAGAGACAACUCCCGGUUGUGCUCCCCUGAUUGAUUGGCAUGGAACUCAUUCUCCCCCUCCGCCUCUAGACCACCGCCACUACGACUUCCUCAACCUCCUUUUAAUUCGGUUUGUGAGGACGCGAUGUCCCGGAUCACCUUCUCGGCCUCCGGACCAGCAUCGGAUAGCCAUGAUGCUCAUAGGGACUCCCUGGAACUUGCCUCUCUCGCCUCUUCCUCGCCUGAAUCCGGGCUUGACCUUUCGCGCUCCUCGUCCCCGUCAGGCAUUUCGUCUUCGCGCAAACUCUCCCUAGAAGAUGAGGAUCCUCUUUCCGCCUCGAGUUUACAUCUGAAUCACGAGUCCUCACAGUCGCGGUCUGGUCGAUCUUAUUCGAUUUCCUCCGCCUUCGAUUUUGGGAGGAACCUAUUUCCCCUGUCCCAGACGGCAGGGGGUUACGCUCCCUUGGGGACUCCAUCCGCGCUUGAUCGAGAAAGGGGUCUCGGUGAUGGCUCGUUGGAAAGAAACAAAACCUUGACGUAUCUGAAUGGUCUGUCAUUGGUGGUAGGUCUGGUUAUCGGCUCAGGGAUCUUUUCGUCUCCUAGCCAGGUCAAUGCCAAUGUGGGGUCUCCAGGUGCUGCUCUAAUUGCAUGGCUCGUUGCCGGUUUGCUGGCCUGGACGGGAGCAGCUAGCUAUGCGGAGUUAGGUGGUGCGAUUCCUCUCAAUGGCGGCGCUCAAGCUUACCUGUCAAAGAUAUUUGGGGAGCUGGCGGGGUUUCUCUUCACAUGGUGUGCCGUCCUGGUGCUCAAGCCUGGAAGUGCUGCCAUCAUCUCUAUCAUCUUUGGGGAGUAUGUCGUUCGCGCUGUCGUAGGCGCUCAGGUUGACCAGGUUAACCCAUGGAUCGAGAAAACAGUUGCCUUCGGAGGGCUGUUUGUCGUCACUCUUCUGAACUGUCUUUCUACCCGACUCGCAGCGCGCAUUGGCGAUCUUUUUAUGUUCUUCAAAUUUGUCGCACUGCUCGGAGUCGCAAUUAUUGGAAUCAUUGUGGCUGCAACUGGGUUUUCGUCGAAAGGGACUGCCAAUCAGGAGUGGAAAACAGGUUGGUUUGAAGACACAAACAUGGACAUAUCCGGCUGGGCUGUCGCGUUGUAUGCGGGGCUUUGGGCGUUCGAUGGUUGGGACAACACAAACUACGUAACUGGCGAAUUCAAGAACCCUAAUCGCGACCUCCCUCGUGUGAUCCAUACCGCCAUGCCACUAGUCAUCCUCUCGUACCUACUUGCCAACAUCUCCUACUUCCUUGUUUUGCCACACUCGACUAUUGCUGCCAGCGACACCAUUGCCGUUCAGUUUGGUGAUAAGGUGUUUGGUGCCGUGGGGGCCUUAAUAUUCGCGCUGGUGGUUUCUGCAAGUUGUUUCGGAGCUCUGAAUGCAACUAUAUUCACCAGCGGACGACUCGUCUACGCUGCUGGCAAAGAAGGAUAUCUCCCUUCACUUUUCGGUAACCUAUGGACUCGCGACUCCUCUUCUAGCGGAAUGAACAGGCUCCAGCGCCGGUCGUGGGCCAGCAAAUUCAUCUCGCGCAUUUUCGGCGACGGAAACUGGUUCGGAUACACACCCAUCAACGCCAUGGCGCUCAACAGUACGCUCACCCUCCUUUACAUCAUUGUCGGCGAAUUCAAGACGCUGGUCACCUUCUACGGUGUCGCAGGAUAUACCUUCUACUUUCUGACGGUCCUCGGCCUAAUCGUGCUCCGCAUCCGGGAGCCUCACCUCGAACGACCGUACAAGACCUGGAUCUCCACCCCAAUCAUCUUCUGCUGCGUCAGUCUGUUUCUGCUCAGCCGCGCCAUCAUUGCCGAACCCCUCCAAACCCUAAUCGUGGUGGCGUUCAUCGUCGCCGGGGUUCCCGUAUACUUCUGGCGAAUCUAUAAGCGAGAUGGCCGCAAGACCAUGGGCAGCCUUCAGCCAUGGGAGCAAACCGUGGCCCAGAAACGCUCCUUGCGGGACCAAGCCCUGAAACCAUAUAUGGUCCUCGAUAUCGACCAGCGUCCUCCUCAGGUGCAUUCAGUCCAUGACCGGUCCUCUUUAAAGGGUGACCCUCUCAUUCAAGAAAUCACGGACAUCGACAAUAUCUCCAGUCUACUAGAGAAGCUGAAGAAUGGAAGCUUUACCGCGGAGCAGGUAACUCGCGCCUACAUCCAAAGAGCUACAGUAGCUCACCAGCUUACGAACUGCAUCACAGAGGUUGUGUUUGCGGAUGCCCUGGCUCAAGCUCGGGAAUUAGAUUGCGAGUUCAAGAAAACCGGCCAGCUCAAAGGGCCACUUCAUGGAAUUCCGGUUACCGUGAAAGAUCAAUUCAAUGUCAAAGGAUAUGAUUCCACUAUUGGCUAUGUGGGUCGGUCCUUUGCCCCCGCUGCAGAGGAUGCAGUUCUCGUCCAGCUGUUGAAAGGCAUGGGGGCUGUGAUUGUGGCCAAGACAAACCUCCCCCAAAGCAUCAUGUGGUGUGAAACCGAGAAUCCUCUCUGGGGCCUGACAGUUAACCCCCGAAACCCUGCUUUUUCACCCGGUGGCUCAACAGGGGGCGAGGCUGCUCUGCUGGCCUUGCAUGGGUCGAUUCUAGGAUUUGGCACAGAUAUCGGUGGAAGUGUGCGGAUUCCACAGAGCAUGAUGGGAUCCUAUGGGUUCAAACCCAGCAGCAGCCGGCUCCCUUACGGAGGCGUUCCCGUCUCGACUGAAGGACAAGAGCAUGUCCCUUCGGCCGUCGGCCCGUUGACGCGCGAUCUCGCCUCCCUCUGCUAUAUCAGCCGACUUCUCGCCGACUCUCGACCGUGGGACCAGGAUCCAAAAUGCGUCCCUCUGCCCUGGAACGAGAGCAGCUUCCAAGACAUCCAAUGUCGCCCGAUGGUGAUCGGGCUGAUCCUCGACGACGGUAUGGUCAAGGUGCACCCGCCCAUCGAGCGAGCCCUCCGCGAACUGGUCGCCAAGCUCGAAGCCAAGGGCCACGAGGUCAUCGCCUGGGACACAUCCGACCAUCUGCGCUACAUCCAUCUCCUGGAUCGAUACUACACUGCCGAUGGCGGCGAGGACAUACGCCGGGACAUCGCUGUUGCCGGGGAAUCCUAUAUCCCACACGUGGAAGCCCUGGUGAACCGGGGCCAGCCGAUUUCCGUCUACGAAUACUGGCAGCUGAACCAGGAGAAGGUCUCCCUGCAAAAGAAGUACCUCGAUAAGUGGAAUGCAGUCCGGUCGCCAUCCGGGAAGCCCGUCGACGUUCUUCUGAGCCCGACCAUGUCGCAUACUGCUGUUCCCCACCGAACCAUGCGCUGGGUUGGAUACACCAAGGUCUGGAACGUGCUAGACUACCCGGCCGUUACUUUCCCCAUCGACCAAGUGCGCGCUGACAAGGACAUCGCGCCACACGACUACCAGCCGAGGAACGAGGCUGAUGCAUGGAACUGGAAUCUCUACGACGCGGCGGCUAUGAACGGCCACCCGGUCAAUGUGCAAGUCAUCGGAAGGAAGCUAGAGGAAGAGACGGUAUUGGGGGCUGCUACGGUGAUGGAACAAAUAUGGCGCAGUAGCUGAUAGUACGUACGUAAAUACUUACCCUAUUUUGAGCUCCACCGUUUUCUAUAACCCACUUAGGUUAUGGCGGAGGAGAUAUACCCUAGUAUAGACGAUUGCUAGUGGGAUGAAUAUAUAUAUAUAUGUAUGUAUAUAUAUACCUUGAUGCGAGAAUAAAGAAGCAUACCUGAAUGGUGAUACUACUACCACGUACUCAGAUACUGACUAUCAAUCUCG